UUAUGAGCGCGAGCUUCACGCGGCACACGAGCGCCAUUAGCGUGAGACAGCAGGCCUUCGCUGAGGAGAAAUCGAGAGAAAACCGAUCGAUCGGUCGGAUUUAAAUGUCUUUCGGUCGACGUUCGCCAUAAACGGAGCCACGAUGACGUCCAGCACCAAUGUGAUCCAGGUGACGAACGUUUCUCCGAGCAGCACCGCGGAGCAGAUGCGAACCCUGUUCGGCUUCAUCGGAACCAUCGACGAGCUCAGACUCUUUCCUCCAGAUGAUUCUCCCUUGCCUGUGACUUCACGUGUAUGUUUUGUAAAGUUCCACGAGCCGGAGUCAGUCGGCGUUUCCCAGCAUCUGACCAACACGGUGUUCGUGGACCGAGCCCUGAUCGUCGUCCCCUUCGCCGAAGGAGUGAUUCCUGACGAAUCCAAGGCUCUGUCGCUGCUCGCUCCAGCCAAUGCCGUCGCAGGAUUGCUCCCAGGAGGCGGGCUCCUCCCGACGCCCAACCCCGUCCCAUCGAUCGGUGGCGUUCCUCUCGGAGGUCUAGGAGGACCGAACUUGGACCCCAUGGCGGCUCUGGCCAUGGCCGCGCCUAAUAUAAACACUCAGUCUUUGUCAGCUGAGCAGCUUAUGAAGCUCAUGGCGUCCAUAGACCCCAAACUGAAUCAUCUGGCCGCUGGACUGAGUCUGACCCCGGGACUGAAGGCGGACGGCUCCAACAAAGAGAUCGAAGAAGCCAUGAAGAGAGUGAGAGAAGCACAGUCUCUGAUCUCAGCAGCCAUCGAGCCUGGAAGUAAGAAGGACGAUAAACGCAAGCGGUCCAGGUCCAGGUCCAGAUCCAGGCGCAGGAGGUCCGGGUCCCGCUCCAGACACAGGCGUUCUAAGAGUCAUUCCAGACGGAGAUCUCGCUCCAGGAGCAGGAGGAGGUCUAAGAGCCCGAGGAGGAGGAGGUCUCAUUCCCGCGAGCGCAACAGACGCUCCAGAUCCAGGGAUCGGAGGAAGGAAGAGAAGAACAGAAAACGCUCCAAGACUCCACCCAAGAGCUACAGCAGUGCCAGACGCUCCCGCAGCUCCAGCCGAUCAGAACGAGUUCACCAGAGAAUGUCUCCCUCCAGAAAACGGCACAGGAGAAGUCGAAGCGCGUCUCGAUCACCGAAGAAGUCUCGAUCUCCCAAGAGGAAGCUGUCCCGCUCCCCGUCUCCUCGCAGACACAAGAAAGAGAAAAAGAAGGAUAAAGACCGUGAGAGAGACCGUGACCGAGACAGGAAGGAUGACUGGGACAGAAAUCGGGACAAAAGGGAACGUUCCUCCAGCAAGAAGAGCAAAGACAAGGACAAGGACCGAGACAGAGACCGGAAGUCUGACAGCGAGAAGGGAGAUGUGAAGGUGACCAGGGACUACGACGAGGAGGAGCAGGGCUACGACAGCGAGCACGAGGAAGAGCGUGAGAGGACCUCGGACGCCGCCUCGUCGCCGCAGGCUAAAGAGCCUCUGGCGGACAGCGCAGACGACGCGGGGCGCGGCGAGUCGGACGGACACAGCGAAGACCAGCGAGACGAAGACAUGGACAUGAGCGACUGAUCGGUGCUCGAGUUCAGAAGGAAAGCGCGUCCCGGACCUUUCCUCUCGGCUCCUUCAUUCCUUGUUUUUUAAAAUCCUGCAUCCCCAGAAUCUGCUGUAUUUACUGGUACAUGCUCAUCUUACCGGGUUUUAGAGCCGUUUCUUCUCUCGCGGCUGACGUGGAACCAUGUUAUACUGUAUAUUUAGCGUAGACAGUUGAAAACACACCCAUCCGCUAUGUCUGUUUGCAGUUUCUAUUUAAACGAAUUACCCCUAAUUAAACGUGCUUGGAUAACAUUGUCAAGCAGUGUUUUGUUUUUUGUUUUGUUUUUUUCCCUUUUUAAUAAAUUGCAUUUGUUUUUUAUAGUUAGCCUGAGUUAGUUAGUCUUUUUAAACUCGCAGAACGUAAACUGGAUUACUUUUUCUGGCAGGUCAUUCGAAGCUGUAUUUACCGCAGUGUUUUCCCGUAGUGAGCACACGCCGCCAUCAUAGACCGUAGUUUGCUCAGAAAAUGACUUCUCUGUACUGUUUGCAAUGUUACGAACUGAAAAUAAAACUUCAUAAAAAUU